AUGCGCCCCGCUGCCAUUGGUAAUCCAUCCACCGUAGACCUUAUCCAACUACACAUCCCUCAAUACUCCACAACACCCGCUCCUGAACACAGGCGCCAACCCCACCCGGCGCCCCAACCGCAGAAAGACCUGCGUGUUAGCGACGCCAAAAGCCCCCACCAACCUCCAUCACGCGCCCGACGAGACUCGCUCAGGGCACAUAUCUUGCUCACUACCCCCACAACCAAAGCAACAGCGCCCCACCCAGAGGGGCCCCUGUCAAACGCUUGGAGCCGCUUGUGCGCGCUGACACCAACUUGCUUCCCAAAUUUCAACAAACAACAUCUACCCCUCGACGCUAUAACUCGAGCGCGCCCGAGCGAUUUCCCAUCUCCUCGUUCCUCCCCGCGGGCAUUGAGACCCCGCGCGAGCCACCCCUUGCUCCCCACCUCCUUCGCGGGCGUGCCGGGGCCGCUACCAGCGGCCCAACGAUCACUCUCCUCCCCUCGGAUCCGCCCCUCACAUCACACACAUCGGCCGCACGCAGAAGUCGAAUGCCUACGAGACAUCAAGAGCGUUGAACUACUGCAUACGCCCACCGCCAUAGGCAGCAAUCACCGAGAAUUACGUUUCUCCUCGGCAGCAGGGCCCUCCUCCCAACAAUUUCCGGACCGAUCGCGAAUCCCGCGCUACACCGUGAGCAUUUGA